AACAAAUACAAUCAUUCAACAAUGGCAGGCCGCGAAUCCAACCGCAUCAAAGAUGCCGAAAAGAAGCGCGUACUCGACGAAGCUGCACGCCAACGACGCGCGCGCAAGGCACUUGAAGCACUGGAGCAAGACAAUUUUCAUGAAGAUCCACAUGCCGAUUUGGUGAUGUCCAAGAAAGCGCCGAAAUUUCAUGAUGGCAUGAAAAACACAAAAGAGAAGAAAGCAAAGCGUAAAAACGCAGAAUACUACAAAGCAAAAUAUCGUAAGAACUUCCCUCAAUUGCUGGAGGAAUGCAGGCAGAAUUCUACGGACGUGCCUAAUUACUUAAACGCUUUGGCGCCAUCGCCCAACAAGCCGCCAAGACGUUUCUGUGCGGUAUGUGGCAACUUUUCCAAAUACACUUGCACCGCUUGUGGCACACAUUACUGCUGCAUUCGUUGUUUGGGCACUCAUCAGGAUACGCGUUGCCUCAAAUGGACGGCUUGAAGUGAUCUUUUAAGUUUAGAAUUUAGUUGCAUACAUCCAUAGUUACUUUACAAUGCAUAAUGUGCCAGCUAUUGAAUAAUGUUGAAAAAAUCAUUGGUUCCAAGCAGAGAUUGAAAUACAAAGCAAUACAUACAUCUUUUAUAUUGCAA